CGGUUUUUUCGUCUUCUUUCUUGACAGACGUCACGCUAAUUGUGUAUUAAUUAUGGAAAAGUGUUUAAAUAAAAGCUACAAGCUCGUACGUUUCGACGAAUUCUACGACGACUAUUUAGAAGCGAUAGGUUUAAAUAUAUUCAAUCGAAAAAUUGCGAAAUCAAUACCUUCGACAACACAAUUCAUAAAACUGGAUGACUGUGCGUACGCAAUCAAUACGAUCAUUCCGUUCAAAACGCAUCAGCAAAAAUUCGUACUCGGUCAGGAGAACGAUGCGUUUACCAUUGAUGGCCGUAAAAUCAAAAAUCUUUUUGUAAUCGAUGGCAACAAGCUGAUUGAACAACAAAUUGAACCCGUCAGGAAGGUGACCAUUACACGUGAAUUUACUGAUGACGAAAUUUUAGGGGAAAUUGUUGUCGGUGACGUGAUAUGUAAAUAUUGGUGUUCAGCCGUUCAAUAAAAUGGUAUUUGGGUUUGAA